CUGCGUUGAACCACUGUGAUGGAUAUAUAGUCCACCACUAACAUCUGAACUGAUCAUCCUUCAUCAUCGCCCCAUCAACUUUCUUCUUUACUUGCCCAUCAUGUCCAACGAGAAGCAUGAAGACAUCAUCGAGCCGACCCAGAGCAGCACCGACAGCAUCAACAUAGAGAAGGCCAAUCUCGAAGAUGGUGAAGUCUUUAAGACAGGAGAAGGGCUUGUCGACUUCCGAACCGUCUCAUGGAUCCACACAUCGGUCAUCUUCUUGAAGCUCAUCUUUGCGACUGGCGUUCUCACUAUUCCGUCAGCCAUGUUCACUCUCGGAGCCCUUCCAGGUGCCAUCAACGUGCUUGGAUGGCAGUUUCUGAACACUUGGUGUGCCCUCGUCCAGGGGCAAUUCAAGGCCAACCAUCCUGGCUGCCACAGUAUCGCGGACAUGGGCCAGCUCGUCGGCGGAAGAGUCGUCAAGGAAAUCACCGGUAUCCUGUUCCUGGUCGCUUUCAUCAUCGUCGGUGCCUCUGGCAUGGUAGGUGUAUCCACGGCGCUAAACGCUCUGUCGAACCAUUCUCUGUGCACGAACUAUUUCUCCAUUAUCGCGGCGCUUAUGGUUGGAAUAUGUGCCAGUGUUCGGAGGUUCGAGAAGCUGACGUGGAUCACCUGGGCUGGAUUCGCAUCAGUUUUCAUCGCUGUGUUCAUCGUCGUUGUCGGAGUGACCACACUUGAUCGUCCAGCCGCAGCGCCUCAGACUGGAGAUUAUGAAUUCGGAUACUAUGUCAUCGCUAGUCCGACUUUUGCAGCUGGGAUCACUGCUGCUGCCACGAUAUUCUGCUCCGGGGCUGGUACAUCUGCCUUUUUGCCAGUCAUGUCCGAGAUGAAGAACCCCAAGGAAUACUCCAAGGCUGUUAAUGUGUGUAUGGGCCUGGUCACAGCCGCAUACCUCUCGUUCAGUCUUGUAGUCUACAAGUACUGUGGUAAGUGGGUUGCGUCUCCCUCUCUUGGUAGUGCGGGCCCCACGGUCAAGAAGAUCGCGUACGGCAUAGGUUUGAUCGGCCUUUGCGUCAGCGGUGCACUCUACGUCCACGUCAGUGCGAAGUAUGUCUUUGUCCGCAUACUACGCAAGUCGAGGCAUCUGCAAGCCAACACCGCUGUCCAUUGGGGAACAUGGUUCGGCUGUGUAGCGAGCAUGAGCAUCAUCAGCUUCCUGAUCGCCUCAGGAGUGCCAAUUUUCAACUAUCUGCUCUCGUUGGCAGGCAGCAUUGCGUUUGCUCCCUUGGCUUUAGGGCUUCCUGGUUGGCUUUGGCUCUUCGAUCACGCCAAUUAUUGGCGUGGCAACUUGUGGCAGAAGACCUUGUACGGACUGCACAUCAUUCUUAUAUUUAUUUCGGCUUUUAUGACAGUCGGUGGUACGUAUGGAGUCAUUGUGCAGAUCAUGGACGCGUACAAAGACGGGUCCAUUGAUUCGGCUUUCUCCUGCGCGGACAACAGCAACUCGUUGUGAGCGGCUGGCUCGAUCGCAACUUCCCUUUCGGCAUUCGGAACUGUUCCGUCACCCCACGGGGCACCGACUUCCCCAGUUCAUCUCAUCAUUUCGGCGGACAUCGGACCGUGCGAUCUACAUUGACAUACUCAUGUGAAAUUGACGAAAUAAUAUUCAAUCAAUCAGCCAGCAGU